AUGGCAGUCACGCUCGACGACAGAUUCGCAAAACGUGUCGGUCUACCCAACUCUACUCGGUUUCCAUGGGAUACCGAGCGAAGCAUCUACUACGUCAAAGGAAUCCAUGAUCUGCAUUGCCUUAAACUCAUCCGGAAAGCCAUCGUAUCAAAGCAUAACGACAACCCACAGCCCUUCAAUCUCCUUCACAUCUACCACUGCCUUGACGGACUCCGGCAGGACAUCAUGUGUAAUGCGGACGACACACCAAUACCAGCCCCUGUUACACAUCAGUCGGGCGAAGGUCAGCUCCGACAGUGUCGUGACUGGGACAAGCUGAUUGCAUGGGCCACGCGUCCUGACCAACAUGCUUGCUACGAGUUUGACGAUUAUCGCGAGGCAACGAACACACUGGAAAACUUUGCGUUCUGUCCCCAGGGUUCACCUUACCGGGAGUUCCAAGAGGCUUAUUUCCGGUAUCAUGGACACAAAGACGCCAGUCGACACAUAUAUUUCGAGGUGAAGCACAGCAAAUUCAGCACCACCUUCAUCCCGUUCGCACACUAUUUUCGACUACCAAAGGAGCUCACCAAGCACAUCAAUUACCAACUAUCUACCAUGCACGCUACUAUCGUUCUGCUUCCGCUGCUUGCCUUCGCGAUGGGCAUCGCUGCAGCUCCAGCACCCCUGCAUCCCGUUGCCCGGGCCGUACCAGACAUCAACGAAGUCGUCCGAAACCCGGCUCCCAUUGAUCAUCAUGUCGGUUGGGACGACCAUGGCAAACCGACACUCGGAGAUAUCAGCCACCUCAGUCCAGAGGACAUUAAGAAGCUUAAAGACCUCAUCAAGCAUCUACUUGGUGGCAGUCACUCUGCAUAG